UCUGCCAAGUACAAAAGUCACGAAGAGCCUGUCAACCAACAGGAAAGCAACUCAGAAAUGAAAAGGAAAAGCGAAAGGAAGCUCAGAGGGACGGAGGGCUUGAAGAGGAGGAACGCAGGAAAGAAUAACUGAGGAGGAAGGUUCGAAAUGAGCGACGCCGACCUAAGUGAGCGAGAGAGAAUCCUGCAGGAAUUCCACGCUGGAACAGUUUUCCUUUCAGGAAACAAGGAAUGGCUGGUACAGAAGAACUUCUUUGUCGUGAAAAGCACGGUGGAGAGGAUUGUGAAAUGGGUUUAUGAGUCCAGCACUGGCUUGUUCCCGUCUGGCCCCAUUCCCGUGGGCAGCUACACCGAGGGGCUGCACCUUCAAGUGGAGAACGUUUCCAACGACUUUGACUUCCUCAUCCCAAUACGGUAUAACUCCAAGUUGGCACUCCGGAGCAGAAUCGUCCCCAAUAAUUCCUGCAGCCGCCCCACCCACCAGCUCCCCACCUACAUUUUCCGCAACGAAGGAAUCCGUAAACUUCCUGACAAAGGGCUGCCGGUUUUUUGCCAGGGCACCAAAAUGUUGGUGGAUAUUGAGGACGUGGCGGAGGCAGAUGUGAAGAUCUAUUGCGAUAAGCCAAAAUCAAAGUUGGGGGAAGAUGAGGAAGAGGAUGAUGACCCUGCAUCUUAUAAAUUAGAAAUGUGCCAAGAGAGUCUCAACCACCAUAAUCUGGAUACAGAGCAAAUCCUGAAGGACUUUCAUCAAUACGUAGGGAUUGCCUUGAAUCCAGAAUACACCCAUCCUCGACAAAACGAUCCUGUUUUCCAACUUCGGCUGUUCCCUUCCCGAGUCCCCAGAAUACAUAAUAGCAUAAGAGAGAACAUCAAAUUAGAGACCUUGGAUUUAAGUGGUCCAGCCAUCCGGUUGGUUUUCAAGGAAGGGGACGAAACUAUCCUGGUGAAGCUGGUGCCGGCCGUUCGGGAGGCAGUAGAGUUCUCCAACGAAUGGAUGAGGGAAGAUCUCACCCACCUUUCUGACUGGUGGGACGGUGACCUCCCCAAUGAAAAGCAGAGCUUCCUCCGGAAGGUCCAAGCCCUUAAGGAAGUGGGGCUAGAGCUUGUCCCAAAGGGAGGAUUCUGGAGGCUAUCUUUCAGCUGUGCUGAGGAGAUGAUCCUUAAAGAAGUCAACUCCGAUGGAGGGCAGAGACGGGCAGCUUUACAACUCCUUAAGUUUGUUAACCAGACUAAAUGGACCCCAGAGUAUGGCAAAAUCCUGAGUUCCUACCAUCUUAAGACCCUUUUGCUGUGGAGCUGUGAGAUCUACCCCCGCAGAGAGGUCUGGGAGACUCUGCUGUCCUCUCUAAAGACCCUCCUGGGGCUGCUGAAACACACCCUGGCCCAGAAGCGCCUCCCUCAUUACUUCCUGAAGCCUCUCAAUCUCUUCAACAAACAUUACAAAACCAGCAACGACAUCUACUGGCCCUUGUCCUUGGAGACCCUCGCCCACGAGGUUUCAGCCAUGCUGGCAGAUGCCGCAGCCUAUCUCCUCCCGGACCACAAACCCCCAGGCUACUCAGUCAACCAGGACUAUGAAGAGAAAACCGCAGCUCUCCAGGAGUUUAAAGAAAGACAUCGGGAAGAACUGAAAGAGCUGAAGAGAAUGGAAGAUGAACAUAUGUACGAGGAAGUGGAAACUACUGAAGAAUAAACCCUGCUGAGCUUUCUA